UACAAACCAGAGAGAACAAAAGAAAUGGGAAGAGGUAGAAGCUCAUCGUCUUCGUCGAUAGAGAGUAGCUGCAAAAGCAACCCAUUUGGUGGCUCUUCAAGUAAUACUCGGAACCUAAGCACGGACCUGAGGCUUGGACUCAGCUUUGGAUCAUCUCCCGGUCAAUAUUACAGCGGUGGAGAAAAUCAUGAAUAUGAAGUCGUUGCGGCUGAUCAUGAGAUGAUCAUGGAAGAAGAAGAAGAAGAUCAAAACGAGUGUAAUAGUCUUGGAAGCUUCUUCGUGAAGGUGAACAUGGAAGGAGUUCCUAUUGGAAGAAAGAUCGAUCUCUUUGCUCUUAAUGGAUACCAUGAUUUGAUCACAACUCUCGACUACAUGUUCAACGCUUCAAUCCUAUGGGCUGAAGAAGAAGAGAUGUGUAGCGAGAAGAGUCACGUGUUAACGUAUGCAGACAAGGAAGGUGACUGGAUGAUGGUAGGAGAUGUUCCUUGGGAGAUGUUCUUGUCUAGCGUGAGAAGACUAAAGAUCUCAAGAGCUUAUCACUACUGAUUUAAAAACAAAAGCAAAGAUGGAAUGUAGAAUUGACUAAUACAGUGGGUGAAAAAGUUAGUUUUGUUCAAAAAAAAAAAAA